AUUUACCGUUAAAAUCUCGUUGUUAAGUGCUGUUAUUUAUGUAGGAUAUAAAAUCUUACCAUUGCCUUCUGGUAUUACACUGCAAUAUCUGAGAUCAUCGGUUGAAGGAUUAUUAAAGUUGUGGUAAGUAUGGAGGCAACUGCUUGUGGAGACGAAUACGAGCAUAAUAUUCCGAGUGUUAUGUACAUAGUAAAUAAUAUACCAGGUCCAGGUAUAGAUUUAGGUGAUUUUGAAUCAGAAUACUCACUAGGUUGUUUAUGUACAGAUAGAUGUUCGAAUUGUUCAUGUACACGUGGUUCCCCUAAUUACAUCGAUGAUCGAUUAUUAGAUGAGAAACUAGAAGGGCCCAUUAUUGAGUGCAAUCCUUAUUGCACGUGUAGUGAAACUUGUGGUAAUAAAGUGGUACAGAAAGGUCCGUUGAAUAGUUUAAUGGUAUCGGAAGUUGGUGAAAAGGGACUUGGUUUAAUUACAACUAAACUGAUUAACAAAGGACAGUUCAUUUGCGAAUAUGCUGGUGAGGUAAUAGGUAUUGAAGAAGCACGACGAAGAGUAGAAGCAAAUAAAAAUAGUAUGAACUACGUUUUAAUAGUUUCUGAAUAUGCUGGUGAACGAAUUAUCGUAACGUGUAUAGAUCCUAAAUAUUUUGGUAAUAUUGGACGCUACUGUAAUCAUAGCUGUGAACCGAAUGCUAAUCUUGUACCUAUCAGAGUUGAAACAGUAGUGCCUCGAUUAUGUUUGUUUGCAUCUAGAAACAUAGAUGUUGGUGAAGAAAUAACUUUUAACUAUGCCGGUGGAGUUGUAAAUUCUGUCCAUGAACUCAGUGAUACACCCUGCCUUUGCGGUUCGAAAAAUUGUAUUGGCUAUUUGCCUCAUAAUUCUAUUUAAAAGGAAUUAAAAGUAGUAAAAACUAUCAAUUGUUUUACUCAGCGAAUGUGUCUUAUAUUAAUGAUAUAAUAAAGUAGUUUGUUUACAAGUUUGUAAAUUAUAUCUGUUCAUUGUCGUCUGGAUAAGCAAUAUAAAAAGCAUAAAAUGUGCCGUUGCUUAUUUUAAUUAAAAUCAGCGUAUUGAAA